UUUCUUGCUCGUUGUAUACGUCUCUCUCUCAAUCCACAAAUACACAUUACAUUACCUUUUUGGGUUUUUUUUAGGCUAAUUUUUAAUUUUUCACACAUCGUUUCAUCCCAUUAAAAGCUUAAACGAUGAAAACGGCAUAUUACCAUUCAUCCUUUUCCCCUCCUUAGGAAACACCCAUCAUUGCUCCCAACAAUAACAAUCGUUUUCAACCUUAGAAACCUGAGCUUCUUCUUCUUCUAAGAUUCUCCCUCCUUCCCACAAUCCCAUUUCAUACCUCAACUCCUUCCUCAUCUCAUCGUUUAAAUUCAAAUACCACCCUCUCUUUUUACUCCGCACCAAAAGAAUUGAAGAAAACAAACUAAAAAAUGGAUGAUCCUUCCCCCACCAACUCUGUCAAUGGCUUCUACUCCUUUCUGGCUCGUGGGAUGGACGAUCUCGAAAGGGUCUAUCUUUCGAACAACUUCAUGUCAAUCCAAUUCCUCCAAAGGUCUCUUACCCUUCUUCGAUCUUUCCACUCCCAGCUGACCCUUCUCGUCCAAAAGCUCCAUCUGCCUGUUGGGGACAAGUGGCUUGACGAGUACAUGGACGAAAGCUCCAAGCUUUGGGAAGCCUGCCAUGUCCUCAAGUCCGCCGUCUCCGCCAUGGAGAAUUAUUAUACUUCCGGCCUCACCAUCACCUCCACUCUCCUCGACUCUCACCACCAUCUCAAUCCUCAGCUCUCCCGCCAGGUGGUGCGCACGAUUUCUCGGUGCCGACGGGAGGCGUUUGGAUUGGAGGAAGAGAACAGAGCGCUGAUGGAGACGAGAAUCCAACCACUCUCACUGAAAUUCGACGAAAGGGUCGCCGUCGAAUCGAAGCUUAAUGGGUUCAGCGGAUUCAGGGGAGUCCUGUACGCAAUGAGAAACGUGAGCUCUCUGCUUCUCAUGAUCUUGCUGUACGGACUGGUCUUCUGCUCGCUAGAGGACUCAACCUUUUGCAAGGAAGGAGACUACGACUACGAAGGUUGCUUGAUCUUCGGAUCACCGUUCAUGAUAUCAACGGCCAGACUGCAGCAGCGGGUGGCGGCGGAGAUCGGGCAGAUGAGCGAGAGGCCUGGGAUUCUGAUGUGGGAGUUCAGGCGGUCAAAGGCGGCGAUGGAGGAGCUGAGAGGUAAACUGGAAGAGAGGAGGAGCCCACAGCAGGGAGUGAUGGAUUGGGAGAGUGAGAGUGGGAUUGGAGAGAGAGUGGAGAAUUUGAGAGAGUGUUUUGGGGUGUUGAAUUCUGGUUCUGAGAAUAUUGUGAGCCAACUUGAUGAUUUGUUUGAUGAAAUUGUUGAGGGGAGGAAGAAGCUCUUGGACUUUUGCAGUCAUAGGUAAAAAAAAAAAAAAAAAAAAACCCAAUAGUGUUGAGUUAAAAAAACUUAUUGGAAAAGAAAAUUUUACUUUCGAAGAAAAAUGUCUUUUCUUACUUGUCACUUUCUCUCUCGUGUCUUCUAUUUUGUUCCAGUAGUUACUAGUUGAACACUAGUUACUAGUUCAACUGGGCGUAGAUAAGUUUGUUGUAACAUCGGGUUCUUUUUUUUACGCUCAAAUUUGAAUAUCUUCUUUUUAUAA